AUGAAUCAAAUAACAUCAUCAACUAAAGAAAGGCGUUUACUUCGAACACCAAAAUGUGCUAGAUGUCGUAAUCAUGGAGUUAUAUCCUGUUUAAAAGGACAUAAAAAAUUAUGCCGAUGGAGGGAAUGUCAGUGUCCACAAUGUCAAUUAGUUGUUGAAAGACAAAGAGUAAUGGCAGCUCAAGUUGCUUUGAGAAGACAACAAUCAGCCGAUAAUAAUUCAUUGAAGAAUGGACAGGAAGAUGAAACUGAUUUAACAUCAAAAAUGAAUAAACAAACUUUAACUACUGUUAUUAAAGAGGAAUUUAGACAUUAA